AUGGCGCCCGCAAAUGCACCCGUGCCCCAGGGCCCUGGUCCGUUUCCCGUUCAGAUUCCUGCCGACACAAGUAACUCGCUAUGGGACCGGUUGUCGAAUUGGGCGGCGGAGAACAAGGGGGUGGUAUACACCAUUGCCGGCAUAACACUAGUUGUUGGUGCCGGUGGCGCAGUCUACUACUUCUCAAACGACUCAAGAGAUGGCGGUGCCGACACAUCAGCCACCAAGCGCAAGAGGCAACGCGAGCGCAAGCGUGCGAAAGAGCGGGCUGAAAAGGACACUGGGGCUGAAAAGAAAGCAGAAGAGCCCAACAAGGCAGUAGCUGAUGCCCCACAAGAGUCGCUCCCAGAAGUAGACGAAGAAACAGUUGGCUCAUUAUCAGACGAGCAACGUAAAGACUAUGCCGCCAAACUAAAGGCGGCAGGCAACAAGGCAUACGGCUCCAAGGACUACGAGCGCGCAAUUGACCUCUAUGGAAAGGCCAUUCUCUGCAAAAAAGAUCCCGUCUUCUACUCGAACCGCGCCGCAUGCUAUAACGCCAUGUCAGAGUGGGACAAGGUCAUCGAAGACACAACGGCCGCCAUCAACCUCGACAACGAAUACGUAAAGGCGCUGAACCGACGAGCCAACGCAUACGAACAGGUCGAGCGCAACAGCGAGGCUCUCCUCGACUACACUGCGAGCUGCAUCAUCGAUGGCUUCCGCAACGAGAGCAGCGCACAGAGCGUUGAGCGCCUGCUGAAAAAGGUGGCCGACGCAAAAGGCAAGGCCAUUCUCGCCUCCAAGGAGAAAAAGCUGCCCAGCCCAACGUUUGUCACAAACUACCUCCAGAGCUUCCGUCCCAAGCCAACACCAGAGGGCCUUGAAGACGAUGCCGAGCUUGACGAGGAGAGCGGAAAGGGUCAGCUUCGCAAGGGGCUAAAGGCCAUGGCUACCAAGACGGGCCAUGGAUACACUGAAGCCGCCGCAGCCUUUGACCGCGCAGUAGAACUAGGAGACCUCGGCGAGCACGAGGCCUUUGCCUACAACAUGCGUGGAACUUUCAGCUACCUCAAGGGCGACAACGAAGACGCCCUAAAGGACAUGGACAAGAGCAUCGAGCUCCAGCCCACACUAACACAGAGCUUCAUCAAGCGCGCCAGCAUGCACUUGGAGCUUGCCAACCCAGAAGCUGCCGAAGCCGACUUUGCCGCUGCCCUGGAGCAGAACUCGACGGAUCCCGACAUCUUCUACCACCGCGCGCAACUCCACUUCAUAAAGUCCGAGUUUGGCGAGGCGGCCAAGGACUACCAAAAGUCUAUCGAUCUGGACAAGGAUUUCAUCUUCUCACACAUCCAACUCGGCGUCACACAAUACAAAAUGGGUAGCAUCGCCUCCUCCAUGGCCACCUUCCGGCGCUGCAUGAAGAACUUCUCCCAAGUCCCAGACGUAUACAACUACUACGGCGAACUCCUCCUCGACCAGCAAAAGUACCAAGAAGCCAUUGAGAAAUUCGACACAGCCGUGGAAAUGGAAAAGACGAGCAAGCCGCUCGGCAUGAACGUGCUGCCCCUCAUCAAUAAAGCCCUCGCCCUCUUCCAAUGGAAAAACGACUUCGACGAGGCGGAGAAGCUCUGCGAAAAAGCCCUCAUCAUCGACCCAGAGUGCGACAUCGCCGUCGCUACCAUGGCCCAGCUGCUCUUGCAGCAGGGUAAAGUCACUGAGGCGCUCAAGUACUUUGAACGUGCGGCUGAGCUGUCGAGGACGGAAGGCGAGAUUGUUAAUGCGCUGAGCUAUGCUGAGGCGACUAGGACACAACUUGAGGUACAAGAAAAAUACCCAAAGCUUGCUUCAAGACUAGGUGCCAUGGGCGCGGCUGGCGGUGGCUUUGGUGCCGGUAUGCGGUAG